AUGCCCAAGAAAGGAUACAAGAUGUCGGAGAGAGAGAGAUUUGUCACCAACUUGCAAAAUAGUGUCAGAAGAAGGGGAGAAGUCAGAAUUCUUGAAGAACUCGACAUCGUCGGUAAUACUGCGGCCCUAAACGCAGUCCUCAAUGUACUCAGAUAUGUCUUCUCCUUGGUCUUACCAGUCGAGCCCGUAGACCAAGCAAACAUGCUCAAGUCUAAGAGAAUUCGCGAUGAGAUCAGGCUCCAAAUCACCCGUCGACUGUACUUGCUCCCGGCGGCCGUUGCAAAUUACGUAUCACGUGUACCAGAGGCAGGUGUUGAGGACGUCCUUUACCAACUGUUGGCGGGGAGACUUCAGGAGUUCCUUGAUAUGCACCGGCGAGGUGAACUCCUGCAGCCAAGGCCAAGUCCGCCUCAUGCGCUUCCGCCGAGAGUCCUAACAGAAUCCCCUACUGCGGACAAAUAUAGACCGUAUCGUUCAUUUCAGACAGAUCGCUCAAGGGGCACUGAACUUGAGGGAAGCCUUCAACCCGUCACAUCUCGUCGAAUAUCGCUUCCAACACUACUUCAAAACAGCCCAUUUGGUAAAUUUCAAGCAACGCCUCAGUCACAGGCUCCAAUAGGGAAAACACCCUAUGGAUGGAACAUCGUCGAAACCCUUGAACGCGCAGGAGGGGCCCCAUUUCCAUAUUCAAAAGUCAAAGGUACAAGGCGGCGACAAAAGAGCUCAAGUCCAGAAACCGUAUCAAAGCGAGCCAAAACAGAUCAAAAGGAUGAGACCCCUCUACCAGCGCCAACUAUUGCCACGAUUGGCGCUCCAACUACCGCAACUGACCUAAAUAUAGAUCCCGCCUUGAAAGACUAUGUGAGUUCGCUGGCUAGUAAUGAGCAACAGCCACAGGAACAACUACAGGGUCAACCGCAAGAGCAGCUUCAGGAACAGCCUCGGCAGCAGCCUCAGAAGACACACCAGCAGAACCAAGAAGAAGGAGAAGAAUUCGAAACAUCAACCGAGGAACAAGAAUACCUAAAGCAAUUGAAUGACGCCCAGAGACGCCAAGAGGUGCCGGCAGAGCAGCCUGAAGCCCCUGCCAAUACACAAGUGACACGAGAACUGACAGCAGAAGUGGCCGCACAAGAACAGAAAUUGGGAAUGACGUUCCAAGAUAUCGCGCUUCUCCAGCAGGCAACUACUGCUAAUGAUACAGAAAUGGAAGAAGAACCGGUUCACACCUGGGAUGACGUGCAACAGACACAAGGACAGAUCCAAGAACACGCUGACCCGAUGAACGAGCAGAUUUGUGAUCCAAUGAAUGACACCAUUGCAGAGCCCAUGGACGAGCAAAUGGGCGAAGCUGCCUAUGAAGAGGAGUUCAACUCUUUGAUGAAUGUGGACGAGAUGGAAGAAUAG